GUCGCCAUCUCGUCAUAUAGUAUUCCGUAACGGCAGCGGAUAGUGACCCAUUUUUGGGGCGGGCGGGCCGUUCUUGUGUCGUUUAGCUUUUUUCUAUUAGCAAGUAUAAAAAUGAAGGAUAUUCGCAGUUUGCGAUAAGUUUUCCGUUUUGUCGUUCCGCUGCGCGUUGCACGGGGUCGACCGCUUAGCUCGCUCGAAAAUUCCUUGAAAGUCGAAAAACUUGGCAGACGGGGUGGCAAUCUUGUGGAUUUUCUCAAAAAACACAGCAGAUUCCCAGUGUUUUCGGAUCUCGUAUAUUGCGUGAGUUUGGAGUUACAGGACAUUGCCUGGUUAGUUUUAGUCCGAGUGAAAAGCGCAGUGGCUACGGAAAGUAUCUAAUUGAAUGGUUCGGGAGCGCGUCCUAGUUCCUCUGGGUUCCCAUUGAUCGGCAGAAUUGAUUUGUCGACGGAAAGGACGAGUGAAAAGCAGUUUGGCUCAUUAGACUUUUUUCGUCCCAUUCACUGCAACAAGCAAUUAAUCAUUUUAUCGAGUAAAAAAGCUGGAGCAAAAUCGUCGGAAGUCCGUCUUGAAAAAGCUCCCCCGACACGUACGACUCAACUCGGGGAGCCUCUGGGCGGACAAGUGUGUGUGAAGUAGUCGCUCGUUGCUUCGCCCGAGCCCUGUCCGUCGCGUAAAAGUGCUCCCUAUUCCGCGACUAGUGCAAUCCUGGCCUCGAAAGACGGCGAUUUUCAACGCUUCAAUUUAUGCAGGAUCUCUCGGUUUCCUUGACUGCUGUGCGGGCGUUUGUGGUGCGAAUCGACGGAUUUUCAAGUGUCACGCAAAGAGGGUCAACAAGUUAUGAGCAGGGCCUUCAUCGGUCGCCCGGAGGUGGUGCGGAGCAAGUGAAAGCCUAGACGGAGCGCUACGAGCCGUAACAGCCCACUCUGGACCAAGGACGAUUGGCGAUAAGGACUGGCCGACGAUAGAGUAUGAAGUCCUGAAUCGCGGUGGCGGCCAUUAAAAGGAUGCUGUGAGCUGACUCCUAAAAUUUAACCAGUUUUUGAGUUCGAUCUGCAAAAAUGCCAGUAAAUCAGUUCAACAGCGUAGUUGGUCACGUAGAAUUGAUGUAGAUGUGCAUGGACUGUACUUGUGCUUUUGGUACUGCAAGGACACUUUCUGCCUGACAGUUGGCUGUCUCACGAACUAGAUUACCAAACAGUCAGGAUAUUUCCAAAGACGAUGUCAUACGACGCCCUGGGAGUGUCUGACGCCAUGUUAGACUCUCUUAGUUUACAACUUCGUGAGGCUGAAGCGCGUCGCGCUGAAGCCGAACGUGCUCACCAAGAAGCUCUCGCCCAGCUUAGAGGAAUGUCAUCGGGUAUUGGACGGGGCUGUAGUGAACCUAUUGAGACCCUACAGUCGAGGGCGCGAGAAUUGGAGAAAAAGGCUGCACUGGAAACAGUUAGAUGUGAGGAAUUGCAAUUGGAACUUUCGGCGGCUAUAAAAUCGAGAAAUACGCGGCCGACAACAACGACAUCUUCCGGAGUUAGUUCGACCGUGACGUGGGCACCUAUGACAACCCAAGGAUCCGAAAUUGAUAAGAUUAUGGCGAAGAUUGAACAGGCACGUUUAUCCAUUGCUAACGAUAAUCGAAUUUUAGCUGAAUUAGAACAUCCCCGAACGACAGGCUCCACGCUCCCAUCAAGUUCAAUAAUAACAUCAGGUAUAUCGGGUAUGGUCUCAUCAACAAUAGGUGGGAUGCCGUCGAGCAUAAUGACAUCAAUGGCGGGCGCAGGAGCACUUAGCGGACUAACUGGAACAACAGGACUAACAGGGACGAGUGGAUUGGCAGGCACGACAGGCUUAGUGGGGUUGACGGGUAUACCAGGCGUGACUUCGGUGACUGGACUCACUGGUACAGGAUGCGUCCCCGGUGGAAUCGGUAAUAUUAGUAAUAUUACUGGCACUGGAACCGCUGGCACUGUGACAGGCAUACCUGGAAUAGGUGCGAAUUCAAUGGGGAUAACAUCCAGCAUAAGCAGUCACGCAAUCACAUCAAUCGAUACGUCGGCAUUUGGUGGAGCUGGAACAACAACAACCACAGAUAAAGUACUCAGCGGAACGACCGGCGUACACGUUUCCCCCUUGCCGGGGAGGGCACAUCCUAUGACAACCAUGCCACCCCUAAGUCAGAGCACAACAAUGCCCGUCCUGUCACUUCACAAUUCAUAUAAUCUACCAUCGGGAUCAGCCAGUUACUCUUUAGGUCUAAGCGGAGCCCCCGUCGUGCCCUCCUAUACGCACCCCUCUAUAAGCGGAGUGGUGGGGAGUGGAGUGGGGACAGUUCUCGGGACCGGUCUAGCAGGAACAUCAACAGCUGCAACAUCAAUGUUUCCUCCCAUGGGAACGCUUCCCUCAAGUGUGUUGACAAGUGCUCUGCCUCCCAGUUUCGGAGUUGGAGGGUCCACCUCGUAUACGACCUACUCAAAUCCAAUUCUGACAUCGAAGCUGAAACCGUUGGACGAAAUCGAUUUGGGAGUCGGGCGUUUUGGUAACCGGGCGAGUUCACCCUGCUCGCCAAUUCCACCACCAAGUAACUGGGGCCUGGAUGGCUUCAGUGAUUCUGUGAAUCCCAGCUAUAUGCCACGAUCACUUGGACUAGGAGGACUGGACUUAGAAACGCGCACACAUGGCUUUCCCUUGAAUGGAACCGGCGAACCACAAGUUGAUAUGCUUGACAUACCUGGCAAAGGACGAUGUUGUGUAUUCAUAGCUCGAUUCUCCUACGAUCCACCAGAAGAAUCUGAAGGCGAAUUGUCUUUAUGCGCCGGAGAUUACUUGUUAGUUUGGGGCAACGGUGAGCCCCAAGGUGGAUACUACGAUGCCGAAUUGUUAGAUGGACGAAGGGGGUUGGUUCCAGCUUCAUUUGUUCAAAGACUUAUCGGCGAUGAUUUAUUAGAAUUCCAUCAGGCUGUGUUAUCAACCUUACGUGAUGCCGACGAUUUGCCUUUAGACCCUGCACCCCUGCCACCGUUGCCGCCUAACAACCCUCUACUGACUCACACGUCCGAGGACAUGGCGCGGUUGAGUGAAACACAAACGGAUUUGGGACCAGAUCAGACCGAGGAUGACGCUGAUACUGUUCCUGCUCCAAAACACUUAACCCUGGAACGACAAUUGAAUAAAAGCGUACUGAUCGGCUGGACGCCGGCGGAACCACCCGGUUUCAACAAUAUUGAGAGCUAUCACGUAUACGUGGACGGUGUUCUCAAGGUGACUGUGAAAGCUAACGAAAGGACGAGAGCAUUAGUAGAAGGAGUUGAUUCAAAUCGACCACAUAGGAUAAGUGUUAGAAGUGUAACUCAAAAUCGUAGGACUUCCCGCGACGCGGCAUGCACAAUGAUAAUUGGACGUGACACGGCACAUCUAGGACCAUCCGCUGUUAGGGCGACAAAUAUAACGUGUUCAUCUGCUGUAAUAUCAUGGCUUCCAGCCAAUUCCAAUCAUCAGCACGUAGUUUGUGUAAAUAAUGUAGAAGUUCGUACUGUUAAGCCGGGCGUAUAUCGUCAUACAAUCACCGGAUUAGCACCUAGCACACAAUAUCGGGUAACAGUCAGAGCGAAACAUCUGCGUGCACCCGGCCAAGCACCACCACCCGGGCCACCACCUGAAGAAGCGCCUGGAGCAUACACCGAUUUCCGUACAUUAGCUAAAGGACUGCCAGAUCCACCGCAAGACAUCCAAGUUGAGGCUGGACCUCAAGAUGGCACGCUACUUGUAACGUGGCAACCUGUAAAUAGACCUCCGUCAUCUGGGCCCGUUACUGGCUACGCUGUUUACGCUGACGGUAAAAAAGUAACAGACGUGGAUUCACCGACUGGCGAUCAUGCCCUCAUAGAUAUAGGUAAAUUAGUUGGGCUCAAUCCAAGAGCUGUGACUGUUAGGACGAAAUCUCGUGAUUCGCAAUCAAGUGAUAGUGCGCCAACACCUAUACCAAAUGUCGUCCGAAAUGCGGCUAGAAAUCGGCACAACGUUGCGCAUAGUAGUAUACCGCCACAUAUGCGAAGUCAGCAGCGAACACAAAUGGCCCCUAUGCAAAUGCAGGGUGGCCCAAUGCAAAACCAAGGACAAGGACCUAUGUCCGGCCAGAUGCAAGGUCAACAGCAACAGAUGCCUGGCCAAAUGCAGGGUCAGAUGUCAGGCCAGAUGCAGGGCCAAAUGCAGGGUCAAAUACCAGGUCAGAUGCAGGGUCAAAUGCAAGGGCAGUUACAGGGUCAGAUGCAAGGUCAGAUGCCCCUCAAUGCACAGCAGCAACCACAGCAAAUCAUCGAGCACGAGGAGAACCUCAGCGACAAGGAAGUGUUCCCGAACCAAAUGCAUCAGCAACAAAUGGUUAGCAAUCAGCCACGUAACGGCAGUGUUGGAAGUAUUCCUGCAAUCGAAAUAACAAAAGAUGGAGGCGGUCCGCCUGAAGAUUGUCAAUUUGUUAGUGACGAACUCGAGUAUGCCAAUAUGAAUCGUCGUCGCAAUGCACCUGCAAACUCGUCGCAACAUCAGCAAACUCAUCACCAACAACAACAACAACAACAACAGGGGUACCAACCAAAUGCUGCACCUAGGAGUAUUAAUGACCGAAGUCGUCAAGCAAAUCCCGCGAAUCCCAAUCAACCGUAUUAUGGUCCUGGUGGCCCACAACAACAGGUUAGGAAUCCAAAUCAAAGAGGUCAAAUGCAACAAAGAGGUCCUCUGACACAACAACAACAGCAGCAGAAAAAGCCUCGAUACUUCGUAGCAAUGUUUGACUAUGAUCCCAGCACCAUGAGCCCUAAUCCUGAUGGAUGUGAAGAAGAACUACCUUUCCAGGAAGGUGACACUAUCAAGGUAUACGGCGACAAAGAUCCUGAUGGUUUCUACUGGGGCGAACUGCGCGGUAGAAGGGGCUACGUGCCGCAUAAUAUGGUGACAGAAAUUGACGAAACAGGUGCUCAAGGUGGUCCGAGUGGUACAACAACACAGAGUGUGCGCGGUCUGAGUCGAGAUCGGUGGGGUGAUAUCUAUGCCAACAUGCCUGUGAAGCGUAUGAUUGCUCUAUACGACUACGAUCCCCAGGAGUUAAGCCCGAACGUCGAUGCCGAGCAAGUGGAGUUAAGCUUCAAAACGGGCGAAGUGAUCCUUGUAUACGGUGAUAUGGACGAAGAUGGUUUCUACAUGGGUGAAUUGGAUGGCGUACGAGGACUGGUACCUUCCAAUUUCUUGGCCGAAGCUCCGGAACAGUAUAAUAAUCAAAUGGGACCAGGUGGACCGCAAGCGGCCCAACGCAAUCUAAACAAUCGAACCAGACCGCAGGGCCCAGGAGCUCGAGGACCGGCUCCACCCUCUACUUCGAAUAUGAUGCCCGGAGCGAUGAAUCAGCGUGGACAACCUCGGAAAGAUGCUCGCCCUACUUCCCCUACACUGUUAGACAACACGGGCCACCCUGCCCCCGAUCACCAAACGCAGGGGAUGCAGGGGAAAGGCGGGAUGAUCGGUCGCGGGAUCGGGAUAGGUGGUAACAUGGGAAUGCAACAACAGCAGCAUUCACAGCAAGGAAUGAUGCAACAAGGACCAAUGCAACAAGGAAUGAUGCAACAAGGGAUGAAUCAACAAGGAAUGAUGCAACAAGGAAUGAUGCAACAAGGAAUGCAACAGCAACAACAACAGCAACAACAUUUACAACAACAAAGCCAACAACCACCCCCGACAACUACUCAACAAUCUUCCGGUGGCCUUCUAUCCGGUGCAACUAGUCUUUUUUCAGGUGCAACACAAGCCGCUUCUAGUGGAUUAUUUGGAAGCAAACAACCACAGAAAGGUGUGCCUCAAGUUGUCCCUCAACCAGGAUUACAACCAAUGAAUCAACAACAGCAACAACCAAUGAUGGGUGGUGGUAUUUUUGGCGGUGGGCAACAGCAACAACAACAGCAACAACAGCAACAACAACCAGGACAAGGACCUAAUUUAAUGCAGAAAAUCAAUGAAAUCACAGCUCCCGGUGGUGAUAUUCUAUCGAAAGGCAAAGAAUUAAUUUUUAUGAAAUUCGGCCUAGGUGGCAAAUAACCCUGGCCACGUAGCCCACCAAUAAAUUUAUUAUUACUUAAUCUUAAAAUCAACAAUAAAACUAUCAGCAAAUCGUUUAAAGUAAUUUGUUAUUACGAAUUCCAUAAUGCUAAUGAAACAAUAAUAGUAAGAUAAUUUUUAAAUCAACAGAUAAUAAAUAUUGUAAAUGAUAUCGUUAAUUUAUUUUUGUUACGCACAUGUUUUCUGCUGUUGGCGUUGCCCAAUUCUAAUAUUAAAUAAAGUAAAUUUUCCUCGUACUUAUAUUAAAAAGAUAUGAUAAAUGAAGAAAAAUAUACACGUAUCUCUAGCACAAGGAACCACUCCCUCGUUCAAAUAAAGUUAAUAAAUAAUAAAAACAACAGUCAAAACGUGCGAAUGAUAGCUAAAACUCUUUAAAAAUGCCACUAAGCAUCUUAAAACUGAUCAUUUCAAAAGCGAUUGAUACACCUAAACUUAAACUAAACCAAAAAAAAAGGAAAAAUACAUAUAUAAAUGUUUAAAUAAACAACAAACAAACAACAGUGGAAAAUUAUCAUUACCAAAUUGUUAAUAGUUACCAUAUGAACAAAAAUGAAACAAUAAUAUUAUAAACUAUAGAAAUACGACAAAAAACAAUCCGAUCAAGAAAACCGUACUGUAAUCGUAACCAAAAUUGAACAAAUACAAAACAAGUACGAUGUAUCUAUGUAGUUAAAUUAAUAAAAAAAAAAUCAACUCAAACAAUAACAAAUACAUGAAACGGUAAAAAAUAAACACAUAAUCAAAAAUCCAAUAACAACAAAAACAACAAAGACAAAUUGAAAUUAUACAAAUGUUUAAAUAAAUAUUGUCAAUGAUAAUAAUCAUUAAUAAUACAUGUUGUAUGUAUAUUCCCUUCUUUCUAUUUUACUAAUGUUUAUUUAUAUAUAAAACAGUUAAAACUACAAACUUGAACUGCUACAAAUAACUUUUCAUAAGUUAUUCAACAAAGAAUUUAAUCUCUAUACACUCUAUUGCAAAAACAUACAUUCAUUCACACCUACAAUGCGAAAACAUACACUUACAUAUAUACACAAAUUAAUUAAGAUUUUCAAUAAUCAUAGAAGGAAAAAAAAAGAUUAAUAGUAAUAAAAUAAAAGCUGAAAAAAAUGCAUACACACUGUUGUAAAUAUCUAUGUAGGUUACAACCAAUUGUUAAAAUUAAACAAAAAAUAAUAAUAAUAAAUUGAAUAAAUGCAUUGAAAUAAAUGAAAUGAUUUAACGGGAAAUCGUUAGUGGGAAAAUCCUCUGUAUAAAAAAAACGAUAUCUAUGCAAUAAUAUUUAAGACAAAACAGAAAUUAACAAAAUUCCUCAUCCAUCUUUCUAUUCAUGACAUCAAUAUUUUUAUAUUUUAAGUUCACUUCUGAAUUCACAUUGGCAUGAUUUCUAUAGUUCAAUUCUGACUGUUUGAAUUAAGGAUAUUAUAUUUAUGAAAUAAACGGGGAAUUGAAAUUUUGAAAGUUUCUUUAUAAUAAUGUAACGGUUACACUACGAAUAUUUUUUGUUGUAUCUUUACCAUAUCUGUCUCAAAAAUUGCUUUAUAUUGAAGUGAAUAUUGUUAUAAAUAUUGCCAAUGGACGAGGUAAUACUAUUUAAAGUAUUAUUUAAAAACACCAGAUGGAUUACAUCAUGGGAUUACAUAAAUCAAUACCUUUAUAGGAGUUUGUGAAACAUCGUGGAAUUCAGGAUCUGGAAGUAUGAAAAUUUAUUUCUCUCAAUUAUUAGAAGAUUUUUCCAAUUUAAGCCCAAGUUUGGGUUUUACACAAAUGAAGUCAUUAUUAAUAACCAAAUGAAUUAAUUCUAAAAUUAUAUUUUACAUUAUAAUCCUAUACUUCUAUUUAUUAUAAUUAAUUUUAAAUUUAUGUUAUUAUUAAUGAAUCUCGUUCUGCGUCCGGUAGCUGUAAUUACCAAGAACGAUAUAUUACUUUAACUUUUUAUCUAUAAUAUUUCCAAGAAACAGGCAACAAGCGACAACGUUUAACGAGGAUAUUUAAUAUUUUAUUUAUUUAACUUUUUUAUUUAAUAUUAUUUAAUAGCAAGGUCUAAAAAAACAAAUGGGUUUUUAAAUUAGGGACGAAACCGGAAUAUUUUUGUAGCUAUCGAUAUUUCGUGAGUCAGUUGUUCUCUUCAUUAAUGCUUAAUCUAAAUUGUAAGAACUAAGGAAGGGAACAAAUGGCUCCCGAAAUAUUGAGACUUGGAAAAAUAUACUGUCAGAGUGAAAUUAUGCGGUGUUUCCAACGAUUAAAUGAUUGAAGUAACAAGUUGUUAACACUGAUGAAGGGAACAAGUGGUUCCCGAAACACAAGUUGUUAG